UCGCUUUUCAUAAUUCGCACGCACUCACUUACUCAUACUCAAAGAAGAAAACAAAAGAUAAAGAGAUGGACCUUGAUCUCUCUCCAAAGCUGCCGAAGAAGCUUUACGGCGGAAACGGUGGCUCUUACUACGCAUGGUCCUCAUCGGAACUCCCCAUGCUCCGCCAAGGCAACAUUGGCGCCGCCAAGCUCGCUCUCGAGAAGAAUGGCUUCGCCCUCCCUCGCUACUCUGAUUCUUCCAAGGUCGCUUAUGUUCUCCAAGGGAGUGGAGUUGCUGGAAUAGUGCUCCCUGAAAAAGAAGAGAAGGUUGUUGCAAUCAAGAAGGGUGAUGCCUUGGCACUCCCCUUUGGUGUUGUGACAUGGUGGUAUAACAAGGAAGAUCCUGAGCUUGUUGUUCUGUUCUUGGGUGACACCUCAAAGGCUCACAAGGCUGGUGAAUUCACUGACUUCUUUCUCACUGGUUCUAAUGGAAUCUUCACCGGAUUUUCCACUGAGUUUGUUGGCAGGGCUUGGGAUUUGGAAGAGAAGGAUGUCAAGACCCUUGUUGGGAAACAAUCAGAGAAUGGGAUUGUGAAGCUAGAUGGGAGUAUAAGCCUUCCUGAGCCUAAACCCGAUCACCGGAAGGGAAUGGCCUUGAACUGUGAAGAGGCUCCACUUGAUGUUGACAUCAAGGGUGGAGGAAGGGUCGUGGUCUUGAACACCAAUAAUCUCCCCUUGGUUGGUGAGGUUGGUCUUGGUGCUGACCUUGUGAGGUUGGAUGGAAGCGCCAUGUGCUCCCCCGGAUUUUCUUGCGACUCGGCUCUGCAGGUUACUUAUAUUGUCAGAGGGAGCGGCCGGGUUCAGGUUGUUGGUGUCGAUGGCAAGAGGGUUUUGGAGACUACUGUGAAGGCUGGCAAUUUGUUUAUUGUGCCAAGGUUCUUUGUGAUCUCAAAGAUUGCUGAUCCUGAUGGAAUGGAAUGGUUCUCCAUCAUCACCACCCCUAAUCCUAUAUUCACCCACUUGGCUGGUAGUUCUUCGGUGUGGAAGGCUCUGUCGCCGACUGUUCUGCAGGCUGCUUUCAAUGUGGAUUCAGGAGUAGAGCAACUCUUCCGUUCAAAGAGGACCGCUGAUGCCAUUUUCUUCCCUCCGCCAAAGUAGAAAUGAACUUAACUCCCUCAUUUGUAUAGAUUUCCCCGUCUCUAUUCCGUCCCAUCAUAAUAAAACAAAUAAAAUUUCCUAUGCUUUAGGAACUCAUUAUUCAUAGGGGAAACGUUUGUGUUUAAUGCAGUUGCUCCUUUCUUUUUCAA